CACGGCAUCCAAAAAAGAACAAUGAUUGAGAAAGUUAUACAUUUUUCGUGCAUAUUCCUGCUUCUAAACUCGAGCUACGGUGACCAGACCGAGGGAGAAUUGGUAACAGAUCACCCAAGUUGUGAUGGGGACCGGUGCCAAAGUGAAGAAAAACCUGCCAAAACAAAUAAAGAGCGAUAUCAUGAUUUAAAAGACACAAUAGAGAGCAUCCGCAAAUCCUGUGGAGAAAUAUGUGAUACCACUAAAACCGGUGUGCCAAGUAAAUAUUAUAAUUUCAUUGAAAAGGACGUGGAUUGCGAUGCCUUUUUCCAAAAUGACAAGAUCGACCUUCCCUCCGAUUUCCUGGAACCUCCCGCACGGAUCCCUAAGUUCCUUCAGAACGACUUUAGCUAUCAAGGUCGAGUACCGCUCAAAUUAGACUAUCGAGAUGAUUCCCAAGGGAGCACGCACUGGUUGAAUUGGACCAUGGCGAUGAUGGACUGGCAUUUCAAGGGCUUCAAAGAGGGCAGAUUGGCCGGCAGUUACGGCCGCGACAACGCCCAAAAUAUCUUCCGUCAUUUGAGCGAACAUAUGAAUCUCACUGACAAACACGUAUUGAUCGUGGGAUCUCAGCGGCCUUGGAUUGAAACCUUGGCCAUUUCAGCGGGCGCUCGACAUGUGACUACCAUGGACUACGUCAAAAUCACCAGCGAGCACCCCCAAAUCACAACAGUCCUUCCACAAGGCUUGAUUGACCUUUACUUCGAUGGCACUCGUUUUGAUGUCAUGGUGACCUUUUCCUCGGUGGAGCAUAGUGGAUUGGGCCGAUAUGGGGACAACCUAAACCCUUGGGGUGAUCUGAUGGUGAUGGCUCGGACUUGGUGCUUGAUGAAACCGGGUGGACAAGCUUUGGUUGGAGUUCCCACGGGCCCCGACCAAGUUAGGUUCAAUUCGGCCAAGGUCUAUGGAGAUUUGAUGUACUCGCAUUUGUUUGCCAAUUGGAAGCAAAUCUACACGGAGACGGAUUUCUCGGAGUAUUCCGAAGAUUGCUAUUAUUGCUAUCAACCUUUGCAUAUCGUGGAGAAAUGAAGCACGAACUCGGAUCAUUGUUAAC